AUGCUUAAAAAACCUGGUCAGGUACCAGGUUUGGUGAAUUUACUGUUGAAUUUUAAUACUGAUUCUGUUGUAAGUAUGGCACCGAGGAUGUUGGCCAUAUCAGAAGAUGAAGUCGUACCACAGGGAGGUGACGUGCGACUCGUCUGUUGCGCCAUCGGCAGUCCAUCGCCUACUUACAGUUGGUUCCGCCACAACAACGGUCGCUUGAGCCCUGUAUCACACAAUAUCAGGAUCUCUGUAUCGGAGCAAGUGCUGAUCAUCAGGCGCGCGCAGGUGUCGGACGGCGGCGUGUGGACGUGCCGCGCCCACAACCAAUACGGAGAGCAACGGAGGGACGCCAGGCUGAGGGUGCGCUCGAGGCUGGUAGUUACUGUGCAUCCACAACUGCAAGUUGCGAAUUCUGGAAGUUCAGUAACUUUCAACUGCUCGGUGGAAGGUGGCGACGCGAGAAUCAGGUGGUUACAUGAUGGUGUACCCGUAGGCGGUGGUGAGAAGAUUUUGCGGGUGCACGGCAUCGUGAGAGCUCAUCGUGGCAUGUACCAGUGCUUUGCGGAGAGGGAUUUAGACAGUGCUCAAGCGGCUGCUGAGUUGCGAUUGGGAGACACUGCUCCAGAGCUCCAUUAUACAUUUAUAGAGCAAGCGCUACAUCCUGGACCAACGUUGGCUCUACACUGCGCCGCUUCUGGCUCUCCUGCUCCGAGAUUCACCUGGCUAUUAGAUGGUCAAGCAGUAGAGGAACAUAACACACCUCAAAGAACCGUGAGUCAGUUUAUAAACUCUAACGGUGAUGUAGUAAGCUACCUCAACAUCACAUCUGUGAAGCCGGAAGAUGGUGGACGCUACACUUGCCGCGCACACAACUCCAGGGGGGCCGUAGAGCACUCGACGCGUCUCAAUGUCUAUGGUCCACCGUCCAUCAGGAACGUGGGUCCGGUUCGUGUCGUCGCCGGAGUCAACACAACCAUCUACUGUCCGUACGCUGGAUUUCCAAUCAGUGAGAUCCGUUGGCAGCGCGGAGGGGCUGACGUGAGGGGCGGCGCGGCGGGCGGCGAGCUGCAGCUGUGGCCCCCGGACGCGUCGGACGCGGGGCUGUAUUCGUGCCGCGUCACCGCGCCCUCUGGACACUACGCGCAGAAGGACAUACAGAUCUUCGUCAGAAUCGAAGGCAGUUCUGUUCAAGUUCUCUGUGGGAUCACUUCAGGAGACAAACCGGUUUACUUCUCUUGGUUGAAAGAUGGACAGCAUAUUCCAUCAAAUUUACAGGUGCAAGAGAAAUCAUUAGAUGAGUUUAGUUUCUUGAUCUUCUCACACGUCACGUCAAAACAUAGCGGCGAAUAUACUUGCGUGGCGAGCAACUCAGCAGCAGAAGUGAAUCAUACAGCGAGGUUGGCUGUGAAAGUCGCACCAUCCUGGGUGUUUGAACCGCAAGAUGUAUCUGCAUUAUUGGGCACGCAGAUCUUAGCACAUUGCUCAACUAAAGGGUAUCCUGAACCAAGAAUUAUUUGGCUCAAAGGGCAAGGUUCUGUUGGGGAUUUCCGACCAGUGUCCAAUCUGGAUCUUCAAUUGUCCGUGCUCUCCAACGGUUCUCUGAGUAUAUCUCCAGCGGCCCAUCACCACGAGGGCCAAUAUAUGUGCCGAGCAGAGAACGGAAUAGGCCGAGGCUUAUCGAAACGCAUCACUAUUUCCAGGAGUGCGCAGGUGACGCUGCAGUGUGAGGCGCGCGGCGACCCCCCCAUACACCUGCAGUGGACGCACAACAACGACGGGCUAGACCUCGCCACCUACAGCAGGGUUUCGGUGUCAGAGAAACGUUCAGACAGCGGAGUCAGUUCUCAGCUGACCAUAGCGCAUGCAGAACGCCACGACUCGGGCGUGUAUCGGUGUCGGGCGGAGAACGCGUACGGCCGAGACGAAUUACUCAUCUAUUUGGCCGUCCAAGAAUUCCCGGAAGCGCCACGCGGCCUACAAGUGGGGCGGGUCGACACGCGCGGCGCGCUGGUGUGGUGGCGGCGCGGGUACGACGGCAACGCGCGCGUGCGCCGCUACCGGCUGCAGUACCGCGCGCUCGGGCCCCGCGCGCCGCUGCGCCCCGCCGACGACUGGACCACGGCCCCCGCCCGGGACGUGCCCGCCGACGCGGUCUUGCACAGGUCGCGACCCUCUCUUGUUCCGAUAUUGUAUACUACGACGAUGCUGAUCUUCCCGGUUAUCUGUCUAUGGACGUCCCCGAAUCUAAUUUGCACAAGUUGCAUGUGCAGAUUUUUUAACUGACCGGAAUCAGCUCGAUUCAAAUCAAAUAAUUUAUUUGCAUAAUGAUGGGUAAUACCCAUAUGAUGUUUUAAAUACUGACACGCCUAAGAGUUUGAGAUAAAAAUCAACAAUAAAAUUCACAAUAAUAAUAAUAAUAAUAAUAAUAAUAAAGCCUUUUAUUUCCUUAAUAGUAUUUUUACAAAUAGUUUGGCAUUGUAUUGUAAAGUGCAUGCAUAUUACAAUAAUCAGAAUCUUAUAUUUAGUUUCAUUUAAAAACAAAUUAAAUUAAGGACCUCUCUAGAGUAAAGGCCUCCUCCAGGUUUCUCCACUUAGAUCUGUCACCUGCUUUUUCAGUC